ACGAAUGAUUUUAUUUUUUAAGUCAAGAGCAACCUUUUUCUUAGAUUUCCUAAAAAUAAAAGGAACAAAAUCAAAUAAUGUAAAUACCUACAUUUGGCAAAGAAACACAGAUGUUAAUAACAUUUCCAUCGUUUUCAGGUAUUAUUACCACUGUUACUAAUUUUGUUAGAAAAAUCAGUUCAUGCAAAAAAACAGAAGAGUAUUUUAAUUAGUGAUAUCAAUGAUUUAAAAGAAUUUAAGAAAUUACUACGCACUAAGACUAAUGUAAUGAUAUUGUAUGUCAAUAUUCCAAAAGCAUCACAGUUGGUAACAGAUGUGUUCAGAGAGACUGCAGAUUCAAUGAGAGGUCAAGCCACUCUUGCUGUCAUAGACUGUAAUAAUAGUGACACCAAAAAGCUUUGCAAGAAGUUAAAAAUUCCCACAGAAAAAGCUUAUUACGUAAAGCACUAUAAAGAUGGUGAUUUUCAUAAAGACUAUGAUAGAAGUGAGACAGUAAGUUCAAUGUCUAACUUCCUCCGAGAUCCCACAGGAGAUUUGCCUUGGGAAGAAGAUGUAGAUGCAACAGACAUUUUCCACCUAUCUGAUGUAGAGGCCUUGACAAAAUUUUUGAAGAAGAGUGCAGCUGCUUACAAAAAGUCGAUGAUAAUGUUCUAUGCCCCUUGGUGUGGGUAUUGCAAAACUUUAAAGCCAGAGUAUGUGCAAGCUGCAGCUGAAUUAAAAGGUGAAGCACUCUUGGCAGCUAUUGAUGUGGCAAAACCUGGAAAUUCUAAGAUAAGACAAAUGUACAAUAUUACUGGUUUUCCAACACUUUUGUACUAUGAGAAGGGUCAACUUCGUUUCCCUUAUAAUGGGGAAAAUGAGAAACAAGCUAUUGUAGAUUUUAUGAGAGAUCCAACCGCACAUUUACAAAAAAAGAAACAACAGAAUGUUGAUGAAAGCUGGUCUCCAGACACAGAUGUUGUGCACUUGGAAGCUGAAACUUUCGACGCCAUAUUGACGAAGGCUGAACACGCGCUUGUUGUCUUCUAUGCCCCAUGGUGUGGUCACUGUAAAAGAAUUAAACCAGAGUUUGAAAAAGCAGCUACAAGAAUUAAGUCCGAAAAGAUAAACGGUGUGUUAGCUGCUGUUGAUGCUACCAAGCAACCGGAAUUGGCCUCUCGUUUCGGCGUAAAAGGAUACCCCACUUUGAAAUAUUUUAACAAAGGCGUAUAUAAGUUCGACGCUGGUCAUGCUAGGCAAGAAGAGCAAAUUAUUAGUUUUAUCAAGGACCCACAAGAGCCACCCCCUCCGCCGCCGCCAGAGAAGCCCUGGUCCGAGCAGGAGUCGGCCGUGCGCCACCUCAACUCCGAUACAUUCCGCCACACACUCCGCAAGAUCAAACACGCCCUCGUCAUGUUCUACGCACCAUGGUGUGGACACUGUAAGAGCACGAAGCCCGAGUUUGUCAGGGCUGCGGAACAAUUCGCCGAUGAACUAAUGGUCGUAUUCGGUGCGGUCGAUUGUACCGAACAUCAAGAGUUGUGCGCUAACUACGACGUAAGGGGCUACCCCACCAUCAAGUACUUUAGCUACUUCGACAAACUCGUCAAGGAAUACAGCGGCGGUAGAAAGGAGGCAGAUUUCGUGUCAUUCAUCCACACCCAAAUGGACGGUCAUCAGACAGCACAGAAAGCGCCAAAGUCUAAUCAAGAAGCUGGUUUCGGUGUGAACGUGAUCCUCGCUAGUGAUAAUGAUUUCGAAGAGAUAGUCGCCUCGUCUACACCUACAUUUAUUAUGUUUUAUGCUGUUUGGUGCGGUCACUGCGUUACUGUGAAACCAGCGUUCAGUCGUCUGGCGACCACCGUGAAAAGCGACAAGAUUCCCAUCCAAGUUAUAGCAAUAGACGCAUCUGAAAAUCCAAAGGUCGCCGAUCUGGCAGGCAUUGAAACUUUACCCACAUUUAAAAUGUAUGCCAAUGGUAAAUUACUCGCCGAUUAUGCCGGCGAAAGGACCACGGAGGAUAUGCUUCAGUUCUGCAAAUCCCACGCAAAGGUUAAAGAUGAAUUGUGAUCGUAGUAAUUCUCUGAAUAUCUGAGAGUCACAUUCUAAAAUUGUUAUUUAUUAAGUAUCUAUUUCGGCUUAUAUAACAUUCUCGUUUGUUAAAUUUAUAUGACAAAUAAUAAAAAAAUCCUAAAAAGUUUUUGAUGUAACUCUCAGGUGCAAUUCUUGAUAAUAACAGUUUUCCAUUUGUUUAUUUUGUACUUAUAUUUAUUUGAAGUUGAUAGUACUUUGAUUUAGUUUUUGGUAGAGUACACGUGGCCGUUUGCAUAUCAAAAUGUGAAAUAUUCUAAAUCAAGUUUUAUAUACGUAACAAUUAUUUUAUAAUGUGUUUAUAUUACUUAUUUAUGUUAGAACAAAGUGUUGCCUGUAAUGGAAUUAGUAAUAUGUACACAAUUUUAAUGCUACCAUAAUGAUAUCAAUAUUAUGAGAUUUUUUAUAUUGUUUAUAUCUGUAUUUAUUUGUGAUUUCGUAGUAGUGGGUAUUUUAUUAAUUGAAAUAAUACUAAAAUUGUAUGUUGUAAAAAUUGUAGAUUAUAAUUAUAUUAUAAAAAUAUGAUAUAUUCAUAUUUGUAAUGUUGACAAUACUGCUGUAAUGCCAAUUAGGAUCGAUGAGUAAGUACUCGAGCAUUUAAAUAAAUAUAUUAUUAUCGGGUAACUAUAUGCUGUUGAAUGGAAUAUUCCUUAUAUUAAAUAUAUUUUAAGGCUUUACUUAUAUAAGAGCAAUUGUAGAUGUUUAUACCCUUUGAAGGCUCCAUGGACACUAGACAAAUUAAGUCAUUAAAAUAGUACAACUUUUUUUCAUUUCACCAUGCCAUAUCAUGAUCGUGCUAUAGCAUGAAAUAUACAAUGGUUAAUACAUUUGUUCAACCGCAUGUUAUGCCCGAAUGUAACAUGUAUAAUA